AAACUCUACACACAGAUGGAUUUCCCUGACAAUCUGUUUCCCACAUUCUUUUUGCCUGGCCCUCCUGGCCUGAGUGAUUCCCCUGGUUCCUAUCUGGCCCCUGCUUGGAGUGACUGUAUGCAGCUGCUGAAGCCCCCCCAGGAUCCAUCGGUUAACCCCCAGCAUGAGACAUCAUAUGUGACAAAGUGGGGGAGAUGGACGUCUGACACUCCUGGACCCCUGCCCUUCCUGCGCCCUGUUGCUGAACCCUGGGAACCUGAGCUGACCUCCCGAGAUCUGCUUUUCCAGGGGCAACUGAGGCGUCCAUUUGGGCCUAAAGCGACAGUAGAUGUUAUAGAACAGCUCAACCAGUUCUUGUGGGAUCACGGGGACGUUGCCUUUGGGCCCCUGGGACGGCUGCUGCAGGAGAAUUUUAACCUGGGAGAACCCAAGAAAUCCCAGAAGGACAGGACGGUGAUGAAUGCAGAAUGGUUGGUCCAGGACCUCAGCGGACACCAGCCCAAGGGGUGCCCCUGGGCCCACCUGAGUGCCCGUCAGCGACGGUUCUCCCUGCGGGGGGGCUCGGUGCUGGGGGAGGAAGUGGAUGGCCUGCUGGGGGGGCUGCUGCACGAGGAGCUGGAGACACGCUGGAAGGAGCUGCUACUGAAUGAAUCUCGCACAGGCGGGGCUCUCGGGUGGAUUCCAGGGGCCAGACCUCACGUUGGCCAGCUGGCCUACCCCACCGGGCAGGCCUGCAACCAGCUGAACUUCCAGAAGGUAAAGCUGUCCACCACCAGUGGACCCCAGGCCCUUGGAGACCCAACCCGAAUCUUGCUCCAGGGCCCAGUCCGGCAAGUGGUAACCCGCACAAUCCAGGAGGAAGCUCUGGUGGCUGUCCGCUCUGAUCAUCACUGUGCUGUGUGGCGGGUCAGUCGUCAAGGGCACCCUGAGCCCCUGCAGGUGCUGGGUACGGAGAAGGGAGCCACGGGGAUCAGCCUCAGCCCUCAUCUUCCUGGAGAGCUGGCAGUCUGCACUCGCUCAGGAGCUGUGUGUCUGUGGAGCCCCCAGGAUGGGCUGCAGCAAAUAUACAAAGACCCUGAGACCCUUGUCUUCAAGGACCCGUCUUCGUGGCGCUGGGCAGACUUCACCGCUCACCCCCGGAUGCUGACUGUUGCUGACCGCACUGGAGUCCGACUCACAGAUGUUCGGGGUCCCCCAGACCGCGGUGAGCUUCUUUUUCGUGUAGGGGCUGAAGCCUCGUGUAAACAAGGGGAGCGUGUCUUAUUGGCUCAGUACUUGGGGACAUCCAGUCCUGCCUCCCUGAAUCCCACCCUUCAUCUCAUCUGUACACAGUUCUCUCUCUACCUGCUGGAUGAGCGUUUACCUCUUGUGCCAAUGCUGAAGUGGAACCAUGCACUCAUGUCCCCUCCGCUGCUGGCUCAGCUCCUGCCCCCACCCUGUCCUGGGGCGCCUCUUCCCUUGCUGCUUGGAGGACUUGGGGGCCAUCUGCGGAUGUUGCAUCUCUCAGGAGGGUCCAGUAGCACCCCCCAGCUAGCAGCACCACCGCAGUCACUCCCUUCACUUAGGGACUCACUCCCUGGCUUUCCAGUCCUUGAGCCCCAUGGUGAGCAGCUGCUACAGGACCGUCUCAAGGCUCCCCUCACAGGCUUGGCUGCUGUUGUACCACCAAGUUGUCCGAGUCCCACCAUGCUACUGUUCCAACUCUCAGCUGCCGGAGACGUUUUUUAUCAGCGCCUCUGGCUCCAGCCAGACACCGGUUCUGAAAAUGCCGACUCUCUCCAAAAUAGUAACUCUUGCACUGACCAUGCUGAUGAUCCAGGCCUCGAUUCUCAUGACCAGACCACUGCUACCUCAUCCUUGGACACAGCUCCUAUCCCCAGUGCUGUUUCCUGGAAUCCCCGGGCUGUUGCUUGCUGCCGCCGUUGGUUGAAGACCCUGCUACAGGUUCCCCCAGCCCUCCCUCCUUGGACACCCCCUACUUUCUCCCUACACCGUCUCCGAUGGUCAGGGAAGGAAGACAAAGGGAAGGGCCGAGAGGGCCUGCAGGCUGCCAUGGCUGAAGGCCGGCUGCUGCAACAAGGGGACCUGGGCCCACUCCCUUCCUCGGACCCUCCCCCUGCACAUGAGCCCUUCGGUCCUGAGGACAAGUUGACUGAACGUUUGGAAGCAUCUUGGGAGGGGAAGGGAGCCAUUUGGUGGGACAGCCAGCAAGGUGAUACCCAGGUACUAAGAAAGCGGCGGUCACGGGAGAAGAGGCGGACCCAGCUCUCCAGCUCUUUCUCUUCUGUCAGAACCACUUCUGACUUCUCUGACAUCGACAGUCGCCAUGGCACUCCUAGCCCCCUCCACAGGACAUCUGAAGCUUCUCAAUCUCUGGAGCUGUCUCAGGAGCCAUGGGUCCGGAGUGUACCCCGUGAGCGGCGGCAGACGCUUCGAGACUAUCUUGCGGUCCUCCCUUCUCCAGACUCAGGAAGCUGCUCUACCCCCCAAUCCCAAAACCCAAGCAGCCAGACCAUCCCCACCUCCGAGCCAGGUCAGCACUCAGUACCACGCUUCCAGGAUCCAAGGACCCAGACCCUCCUUUGUCCUCCCCCAGGGAGCUCCUCUGCCCACUGCUCUCAAAAUCCAAGUAGUCAGACCCCCUGCUCCCCUGACACAAGGUUCAACUCUCUAUCCCACUCCCAAAAUUCAAGCGUCCGGAGCCUGCCCUCCCGUCACACUCCUUCCCUUGCAGGCUCACAGCCCCGCAAGAAGAAACCCCGCAUGGGUUUCUAAGGACUUUUGUAGAUCGUAGGAUCCCCAGAAAUCCCAGGACCUCAUAGGAUUGUAGCUUUCGACUAGAAGGAAUCUAGUCCAACCUCCUCGUUUCACAGAUGAGGAAACUGAGGCCUGGAAAGAUGUGCACACGUGUUAAAGAUCAUUACCCAGUGCUCCCUCCUCUAGUGCCUUGCAGAAUUGACAAAGCUCACUCUGUCUGGCUCCACCACUGGGGAGCUGGAUCAGUCUGGGUGUCCAGGAAAAGUUUCCAUCUCACUUUGCCUGGAAAAGUCCCAGUCUGGCCCAUUUACUUUAAUACUAAUUGCUCUUUAAGCUCAUGGGAGAUCACUGGAAGGGACCCUACCCUCUCUGUGCCCUGGUUCCAGCACAUUCUUACUGAUAACUGAAAGUCGGGUCAGUUAAUUUGACCAUUUGGCCUUGGGUAUUUCUUUCUCACAGUGGCCAGAGCCAAAUGGGGAAGAGUCCCCCAGGGACACACAGACCCUGUGCAGUUGGCCAUGAUAUCGAGCAUCCUGGUGCCCAUGAGCCAGUGCAUGAAGCUUUCAAAAAGGGUGGCCGUUGGCCUAAAGAAAGUCUCAAUUUCACCGGGGAAAAUAGAUAUGUUUGAAGGAGGGACUUUGAAGGCUCGGCUGAGGAGUAUAAAUGAGAUGCCAUCUUGUAGCUGUUGCCUCAGGUUUCUCCAUUGGCAUCAAUUCAAUUUCCAAACUCUGAGCCUUUAAAAUUUAAAAUUUUCUACUGUUAGCUAACUUCCUUCUUCAGAAUGACCAGCUGCUAAUCCUUUCACUGUGACCUUCAAGCUAAUGAAUACAUAUAGAGACUCAAAACUCCAUAUUCCAGCUUUCCUAUUUGGGCAGCUAACAGAAGCCCAUGGGUCUCUUUAUGUGUCUAACCUGACCAUCUGUACUCCAGGGGCUGAUAACAAGAGGGAAAAGGCAAGAUAUGCAGGGGACUGCUACUUUAAAAAGCAUAGGAUUUUACUGGAGAAAAAGAGGUCUUAAUUAUAAGAAAAUAUAAUGCCUUAAAGAAGCCAAAGGAAUAUAAAUUAAAAACUAAACUGUGUUUUUGUUGUCAUGUGGAACAAUUUUGCAAGGAACUAACUGAAGGCCCAAAAGAUAGAGAUAAAGACUGCUUUGGAAGAAGAAUAUAAGCUGAGACAGAGGCCUUAUACCUCUUUACAUUUUUUCAG